CAACACCCGGAAGUUGAUUUUCAGGGAUGGCGGAUGAGGGGUUUGUAGUAGUUUCUAUGAUGGAGAGAAGCACGACCUGGCGGGCUCUGGCUAACUGACUUGCAUUAUAUAGCAAAACCCAACAGACCACUUGCAUUAUCGGCUGAAGCAUAGAGGAAAAGGACAGUGCAACCCAUAGACGGACAAAUCUACAAGGUCCAUGAAGCAGUGCGCUGCGGCGCCAUGAAACGAGAAAACGGGUACGAAUGAAAACAUCAACAGCACUGACCAGGUCCAUCUUAAACAUGAAAAUGGCACGGAAACGCAAAUCCAAUUCUCCAGAAGAAAGGCUUACUCGUUCCAAAGCUCUGAAGGAGGAUUUUGUCUCUAGACAUCAGUCAUCCCACAAUGCACCUCUGAGGAUAGAAAACAGGAAGAUAUCUACCCCUAUCAAGAGGAAGGUCCAGGGGAUUGAUCCAGAUGUACCAUCGCCAAGACGAUACUCUCCAAGGUUCAAAUGUCAGAAGGAGACCCCCGGCAAGGGGCACAGUAGCUCAGGCCAGGCUCAGAUUGUGGAGCCUCAGCUGUGUUCUAGCCCAGUACAGCACCCCCUACAGGAGGAGGAGGACACUGAGCUUGGUCUGGUCAUCACUCUGGAUGAAGAGCAAUGUGCGGGGCGGCGGUGUGGAAGGAAGAAGGCCGGGGAAAAGGGGAAGCAGAACGUGACUGAUGAUGACAAUGAUGAUGAUGAGGAGGAGGGGGAGGGGCUUGCAUCCUGUGGGGAGGAGCAUGAAGAAACGGGCCUGGACGGGCAGGCGGAGGAGGAGGAGCUCUGCAGGCAGCUGGACCGAGCGCUGGAGAGGAAGUCUCGGCGGCUCAACCUGACCAACGCCAACGUGCGCAGCAUCCUCCACGAAGUGAUUACCAAUGAGCAAGUGGUAGCCAUGAUGAAAGCUGCGAUCAGAGAAACGCAGGACAUGCCCAUGUUUGAGCCCAAGAUGACACGCUCAAGACUGAAGGAAGUGGUUGAGAAAGGAGUGGCCAUUCCAACAUGGAACAUCUCUCCCAUCAAGAAGGCCAGUGAAGUAAAGCCUCCCCAGUUUGUGGACAUCCCUCUGGAGGAAGAGGACUCAUCUGACGAAGAGUACUGCCCUGAUGAAGAUGAGGAGGAUGAGACUGCAGAGGAGACGUUUUUGGAGAGCGACGUGGAGAGCACGGCCUCGUCUCCCCGGGGCAGCCGGCUGGCUCGGCCCAGGACCCCCAUGGACGCCUCUGAGUGUGACGAGGACCGGAGCUGCAGCCCCAGACAGGGAUCGCGGCAGUCCCGACAUCUGAGGGUGGAGGCCGUUCCCAUGGGCCCCCCUCCACCCCCCCAGCCUGCAGGGCCCCCGCGGCCCCCCAGAGCCCCGCCCGACUGCAGCUUCCUGGAGAAACUCAACGCUGUGGAGGAGGAGCUGGACUCCAGCCUCAUCACCAUAGAGCCCUACCAGAUGAGCGGCGGCGGGGGCGGGGAGGACAGCCUGAUGGCCUGCAGAACCCGCUCCAAGCGCCCGCUGCGGGACGUUCCGCUGGGCCGGCUGGAGGCGGAGCUACGGGCCCCUGACAUCACGCCGGACAUGUACGACUGCAGCUCGGCCCUGGAGGACCGCGAGUGGACCCACUGGCUGCAGAGCCUCAUGACCUCUGACGGGGAGAACGAAGAGGAAGGAGACGACGAGGACGACCCUGAGUAUAAUUUUCUGGAUGACAUCGACGAGCCCGACCUGGAGGACUACCGUAACGACCGGGCCGUGCGCAUCACCAAAAAGGAAGUGAAUGAGUUGAUGGAGGAGCUGUUUGAGACGUUCCAGGAUGAGCUGGGGGUCCAGGAGCGGGAUGGAGAAGGGCAGGAGGAAGAGGAGAGGUCUGAGAAGACUUCGCCUCAGGGAGCACCCAAAUUCAACGUCCCGCAAGCCAUUCGGUUCGAGGAGCCCCUGGCCAACAUGCUGACGGAGUGUCACCGCGCGGUGAAGGAGCAGCUGGAGGCCCUCCAUCAGCGGCGGGCCCUGAUGGAGAGCCAGGCCAGGCACUCCCAGAACCCCCCGGGCCCCCAGGUGCUGCUCGUGCCCCCGCCCUGCGCCCUCGUCCUCAGCCACACGCAGAAGCUGCAGCUGCAGCAGCAGAUGCAGCAGCACAUCCAGCUGCUGACCCAGGUGCACAUGCUGAGCAGCCCGGUGGAGGCCCUGCAGAGCGAGGCCAGCACCGCCCUGCACUUCCUGUCAGAGCUGCAGUCGUUCGCCCAGCGCGGGGAGCAGGGCCGAACCGCCGUGGAGCCGGGAUUCACCAGCAUCUUCAGGGCCUGCAACCUGCAGGGGGCGCUCUCUCUCCUGGAGGAGCUGAAGCUGUCUCCCGCCCCAGCAACACCCACCAAGCCCACGCGUUCCUACUGCGUGCGCUCGUACCCUCUGCUGCCCUCCAAGCUGGCCUGGCUGCUUGCCACUCGGCCUGUGUUCCUCUACCCCGAACUGCUGCCCCACUGCAGCCUGGACCCCGCCCUGCACCCCCAGCGCACCAAGACCGGCUACACCAAGGGCGAGGACAGCCUCAUCCUCCUGGGCCUGAAGCACUUUGGCGAGACCGAGUUCCCCUACCAGCUGCUGUGCCGCUACCUGAUCCGCACCAAGACGCACGAGCAGGUGCGCGGCCGCGCCCACGAGAUGUGCCACCGCCGCGGCCAGGACAACGUGUUCAAGCUCUACUUUCAGCGCAAGCUCAUGCCUCCCAUGCCUCUGGUGUGCAGGAGGGUGAUGCCGGGAGAAGAGCGCCCCCCGGUGGAGAGAGAGGAGGCCGUUCUGCCAAUCUGGCUGCGGAAGAGCUUGCCAUAUAUCCACAAAGCAGUGAUGGAAUAUAACCAAGAGCCAGGGCAGGCCUCACCUGAAACCGCGCCUUCCACCCCCCCUUAUCUCUUUCCCCCAGGGACUCGCUAUCCCCUUGCCCUCCCCAAAAAUGUCACUCUACGACUGCACCCUGGCAAAAGAUUGCACCCGCGCUCUGCACCCAAGCCCCGGCCUCUCCGUGGCUACAGACCCCCGUCCUUCCCCUCACUGGCCAAAGCUCCUGGAAAUACCCCUUCCCAAGGGGUCCUCCUAUUGGCUAAAGCCCCUUUCACUCCUAUACAAGGAGCCCUCCCAUUGGCUGCCGCUCCCUUGACCCCUGCUCAUGGAGCCGUGCCAUUGAACACUGCAUAUUCUGUGCCCUUAAACCCACUGUCUCAGGGUUUUGGGCAGGAGAUUGGAUGCGCUGUUCUCCCUCCCCACGAUGUUUCCCCCACCCUCUCUCCUGCCAUACUCCAGGUCCCCUCUAACGCUUCCCUGAACUCCGCCCUCUUCAGUCCGGGAGGAGUAACUGCAUGCGUAAUGCAGACACCACAGGUGCAGGCAGAGGUGCCCAACCAGCGGAUACGGCCCCGUAAACUCCUCCCGAUACAGCCUGCUCCCCCAAAGCCUGCUCCCGAGCUCCUGCAGCUCCACAGCUUCUCUGUGCUCCCCUCGGGUGGAGGCGCAGCGGCAGGCGCAGGAGUAACAGCAGCAGGAGCGGGGUCAGGAGCAGGGGAGAAGAGUAAAGUGGGGAAAGCGGUGGGCGGGGCCUGCACCAGGGCUCCGCCCACCAUGAUACUCAACCUGGCUGCCCCGGUCGGCACCGCUGUUGUCUGUCCCUCCACUGUAAGUCCGGGGCUGCCCAGGCCCCCAGCUGAGCCCACCCCUCCGCCGCAGGACCCCGUCACCCACCCCGACGGCGCCCUCGCCAGGCUCCGCAAACUGGUGAGGCCGCUGUUACCGGCACCGCCCCACUCCGACCCGCCCCAGAGCUUCCCCCCCACGCCGCCAGAUAGCGCCGUCAAACCCAAAUCCAGCCCCCUUUUCUUCGCGCCCGCCCCUUCUCCGCUCAAAGGCGCCUCGGGGGACGGGACGAGCCCAGGCUCUCCUGCGGUUACCGUGGGAACAGAAGGGAUGGCGGGGUCUCUCGCCGUUCGGAGCGCAGUGAAUAAAGCCCAGUCCGUCCAGGACCACAGGACGCCCUCCGAUGCUUCGCAUUUCGCCUGCGCGGCUCCGUUGGAUCCCAGUGUAAAUUGCGCCGCCGCUGUUCCUUGCGCCACCUACACGGGAACGGUGACCCCGCCCACCCCGGUCGACCAGAACUCGCUCAUCUCCUCGGCCGAGGCCAGGGUAGCCGUGAGCCCGGCCGCGACCCCAGACCACGCGGCCGGUCCCCAGUACAUCCUGGUGCGCACCACCGCGCAGGGCGCCGCCCAGUUUCUGCUCCUGCCCCAAAACUGCCUGGUGACGGAGAUCGCGGCCUCGAGCGGUGCCACCGGCGACCCCUCCCUGAGUCGGGCAGGAGCACCGUGGGCUUCUGGGAGCCGGAGCGGAGAGGAACUCCCAAACACAGCCCUCAGUGCGGGUCCACGAGAGCCUGAGCCUGCGCCGCCCCAAACGGCGUCUGCGGGCCCCGGGCCCCCCUCCAGCGGAGGACAGGAACAGGCCCCUGAGGGGAGCAAGGACAACCUCGUCAGGCUGAUGGCCUGCAUGGACGGCCUGAAGGAGGAAGAGGAGGCCGACGAAGAAGGAGAGGACCUGGGAGAAGAAGAGGGCGGAGAUUUUGGGGGCGCCCUGCUGGCGCUCUCGGAAUCUUCCGGAAGCCCCGCCCCAAGCCUGGAAAGCUGCGCAGACGCCUUGGAGAGGAUGAUGGGUACGGAGGUGGAGGGGGGGGAGCGGUCGACACCCAGGUCCAGCGGGGAGGUGGGACAGAGUGACGUGGAGAGGGACGGUGAUGCAGCUGAGGGCGGAGUCGGGGACAGUGGUGAGGGCGGAGUCGGGGACAGUGGUGGGGGCGGAGUCGGGGACAGCGACGAGGACGUAGAGUGUCAGGUGACCUGUGUGAGACUCAGCGUGACCAAGCCGGCCUGGGGGGCAGUUGUACUGAGCAGUGGGAGUGAGGGGCAAGAGCCUUCUGGGGGAGGAGGAGAGAAGGAGGUGGGAGAACAGAGAGAGGGAGGUGGAGGAGAGGGCAAGGAAGGAGGCCGAGAAGGGCAACAAAAUGGAAAGGGAGAGGAUGACGGAGAGAAAGAUGGAGAGGGGGAGGGGGAACGAGGUGGAGAGAGGGGUGGGGACGGAAAGAGGGGGGGAGAGGGAGAGAAGGACGGAGAUGGAGAAAGGGAGCGGCAGGGAGGGGACGAGGAGGAGGAAGAGGACUUUGAUGAUCUCACUCAGGAUGAGGAUGAAGAGGAAGUGAUGUCGUCUGCCUCGGAGGAGUCUGUUCUGUCCGUGCCAGAGUUGCAGGAGACCAUGGAGAAGCUGACCUGGUUGGCGUCGGAGGGGAGGCUGUGUGGGGAGGGGGAUUCUGAGGAGGACAACUCCCCAAACUCCCCCAAUUCUCCCAACUCCCCCACCUCCCCAGUGUCCCAGAACUCCCAGGAGGAGAACUCUGAAGAAGAGGAGGAGGGGCCGCCGAAGGGGGAGGAGUCGGAGUCCGGGGAGGGCGGAGCCGGCAAGCUGCCCGGCGGGGAGGCGCCGCAGGGGGCGGGGCCACAUCAGGCCAGCGGGAAGGGGGCCGGCCGCGGCAGAGGGCGUGGCCGGCCUCCCCCCCGCAGCCUGAAGCGGAGCCGGCGCCAGGAGCGGGACAGCAAGGACGCCUCCAAACUGCCGCUGCUGUACGACGACCACAUCCUGGACAACGACCCCCUGAGGGAGAGCAAAGACAUCGCCUUCGCCCAGGCCUACCUCAACAGGGUGCGCGAGGCCCUGCAGGACGUCCCGGGGAAGGUGGAGGAGUUCCUGGGGCUGCUGUACGAGUUUGAGCAGGGGGGCGAGGGGCGCAGCGCGGUGGAGCUCUUCACCCAGCUGAGGCCCGUGCUGAAGGACUGGCCCGACCUGCUGCGCGACUUCGCCGCCUUCCUGCUGCCCGAGCAGGCCCUGGAGUGCGGCCUGUUCGCGGAGCAGCAGGCCUUCGAGCGCAGUCGCCGCUUCCUGCGCCAGCUGGAGAUCAGUUUUGGGGAGAACCCCUCGCACUACCAGAAGAUAGUGCGCGCCCUGCAGGGGGGCCCCAGCCUCAGCGACGCUGGCAUCGACGAGCUGAAGGCUCAGAUGGCCUCGCUCCUCAAAGGCCACACACACCUCCAGGGGGAGUUCUGGGUGUUUUUUGACGAGCUACGCCCGCCCCCCUCCCGCCCAGGGCAGUUUGAGGAGGCCGCCUGGCCCGAGGAGGGCGGGGGAGUGACGGAGGGCGGGGACGGCAGCGGUGUGGGACCUGGGGGAGGAGCUAGCGGGGGCUUCGAAGAGGUCACUCUUCCGGAUUUGGAAGAAGAGGAAGAGGUUCACAAGAUUCCACCAAUGACAGCCAGGAGCAGGAGGCGGAAAGAGCUGGGCACGCUCAGUAAUGACAAGGAAUGUGAUUGGCCAGAUAAGGACUGUUCCUGCCCCUGCCAUGAUGUAGCCCCUGAUGCCAAGCUGCGGAGACACAAGAGAAAGGGAUGCUGCCGUUGCCAUACCAACAAGGUCUCUGACUCCUCCAGAGGAAUGAAGGGUCGGGACCCCUCGUACCCUGGACCCAACAGCCUCCAGCAGGACAGCCAGACGGAGAGAAGAGCGGAGGAGCGGGAGGAAGAGAGAGAAGGGGAGAAGGAGGUGGACACGGAGGUUAAAGACGAAGGAGGCAGCGAAGCAAACAGCCCUCAUUCCGCGGACCGGGGGCCACAGCUGUGGGACGGUCCCGAGGUGGGCCCUGCCCCCAAUUCUGAAGAAAGGGAAGAAGAGGAAGAGGAGUGGAAGGAGGUUGAGCGAGAGGGCAGCCCAUCCCCAAAGAAGAGCAGGAAGGACGGGGAGGGGGCGGCGGUUUGCGAUGGCCCGCUGGUACCCCCCUCAGGGGAGAGGGAGGCGUCCCCGGCCUCUGCUCACCUCCGUCCCAGCCCCGGCGCCGACCCCCCUGUCUGUGCCAAAAACAUCUCCCUCACCCCCAGCGGGGAGAAGGUGAUCUUGUGGACGAGGGAGGCGGACCGUGUGAUUCUAACUGCCUGUCAGCAGCAGGGAGCCAAUCAGAGCACCUUCCAGGCCGUCUCGGCUCAGCUCGGAAACAAGACGGCCAGCGAGGUGUCCCGGCGGUUUCGGGACCUGAUGCGCCUCUUCCACACCGCCGCCAGACAGGUCAGCUCAGAGGACGAGGCCAGUAACGCUGAGCAGCAGUCCGCCACUGAUGAGGAGCUGGACUGAACUGAACCUGAGGGCUCGGAACCAAAGACGACAGGACGGACGUACACUCCGUUACCGGCACGGAAGUCAAUGACGCGGAGAUGGAGCAAAUGGGAGUGUGAAUUUGCAGGAAACAUUUGGGGACUACAGUUUUAACUUGGUUAUUUAUAAGAUGUGUUCCAGCCUUUAAAAGUGUUAGUAACUAUUUAAAGGUCAAAAUGACCUGGUCUUGAAACACUUGAGGUGUCAUGGUUGUUAAAGUAAAAUACUGUGAAUCUGAAUUUCUGAAUAGCAAACUUGAACCAGUCAUACAGAAGACAUGGGUUGACAGGAAUUGAGUCAUUGGAACCAGAUGCUGAAAAUUACUACUAGUUUGCCAAGAGUUUUAUGAUAUUUGGAGACUUAGUAGACAGGAGACUGGAGUAACUGAAUUGCACCUUAGACCAGUACAAGAUAUACCACUGAAAAUAUCCCUGAAACACACCAGCAUAAUGCUUUUAAAUGUAUAAAGUCCAAAGUGACAAACCUCUGUAAAUACUGUAAAUACAAACAAAUGGGACUGAGAAUGUACAGUAUUUUUUAACGUAUUUGACACUUUUAUUCACUUUGUGAUGUGCUUGCUCGUAAAAGCUGGAAAACCUGAACAUACAGUGCUUGUAUUGCUUGUGUGGUUGUGGAGGGAAAGAUCUGUGAAUAAAGUGCUCCACAAGAAGA